CAGUGGACCUCUGCGCCGUCGAGCAUGAGCACUUCAAACAAUUGAGCACAACUCGAGAAUCACCUUCUUUAGCUCAUACCAGGAUCGAUCUCACGUGGCGUCGUCAUAUCUUAAUUGAAACGAAGCCAUCUGAGGGGCGUUGUCCAAACUGCCAAAGGCACCUCAAUCUCCGACUCCUGCUCCCGCUGGCGCUCCAAGCCAAUCUAACCUCGCACAGAGCACACAGAGCUCUCCAUGGUCAGUUGCACUCCCUUCUUACAAUUCUUUGCUUUCUGCUUCCUUCUGCAAACCAUGGGCUCGUCAGUCAGUUCACGAACAACAAUAUUUUUCGACAUCCACCGUUGCUGACUUUUUGUCGACGGAUAAGCGAUCCUUGAUCCCCAUCUCCACCAAGAAACAAGGUUCCUGGAAUCCUGCCAUUCGAGUCCACUUCUAGUCUCCCUGCCAACUUUUCCUGUCCUGCAGCUCCUGCAGCCAAUGAUCCUGACAUCGCGACCAUUUCAACUGCCACUCGUCUUGCUCUUCUAAAAAAGAUUGUUCUCCAAAAAUAUCACCGGUGGCUUUCAGAUCCUCCGACCGAACGGUCGCCUACGUCUUUCUUCCUACCCUGACCUAGAUUCGACGUACACUUUUUUCCGACUUCCAACGCCUCAGACCCGAGCGCAUGGUGGCGCGACGGUGAUAGCACACCCUCACCCAAGGCAAUCUUGACCUCCGGCGCAGCGGAUUGGAGGCAUCUGAAAAGCUCUAGAGAUGGGGAAUACACAGUUUGGGAAGUUCCAAGACUUCUGUGCCGAUUCAUUCCUCCCCAUAUGCAACAUCCUCACAGCUACCAACCAACCACCCGGGGUCCAAUACGUCAAUGUCAAUGGGAGCGGCGGCUGCGUUUUGCGUGGAAUCACCCUCAGCAAUGGAAGAUUUUUAGCCAAUCUUGGUUCCAUAUUGCUCGCCGGCUUCGCAAUCCUCGUCACAUUCUUCUUGUUAUGGCGAGCCGAACGGAAAGCAGCCGCCGUCGGCCGGCGAGAGAUACAGAUGUUCCUGCUAGGAUACCUGGUGAUUGAAAUAUGCGAGAUAUUCACAAUGGGUGGAAUUCCGCUGAACAACGAUGUACGGAAAGGAUUCACAGCUGUCCACAUAGCGGCCGUCACUGCGACCUUGUGGAUCUUGCUUAUGAACGCCUUUGUGGGAUACCAGCUCCUGGACGAUGGCACUCCUAUGUCCAUUGGCUUGAUCGGCGGGAGCUCUUUAGCGAUCUUCAUCGGAACUGGCUACAUUGCGCUCGAUACGGCAUUUUCGUGGACUGGCUACUGGGACGAUUCUCUAACUGCACCGCACCGCCACAUCGCAUUGUAUGUGCUGUAUCAGCUCGUGCCGUUGGUUUUCAUGUUCCUUUUCUUCCUCCUGGAAACAAUCCUUGUCCUGAGGGUCCUGGGCGAAACGAAACCAAUGCUCUACCUUGUCUCAGCUGCGGUUCUUUUCGCCGUUGGCCAGGUAUUCAUGUAUGUGAUAUCUGUUCACAUAUGUAAUCCGACGGACGGAAAAAUCAAUGGCGCUCUUUUCGAGACGCUGUUCACGUUACUGAGUGUGGUGGCAAUCUUUGUCUUCUGGUCGUCUAUUACGGAAGAUGACUGGCCAGUCCAAUAAUAACGGGAAUCACACUGCGGCUUGAAAAUAGGCCGCGGAUAAUCACCAACAAUAUGACGCUGUACCACAAUAUCUUGGACCAGGCGCUGAUUACGGGAAGUUGGCAUCGCGAUUGGCGCAUACUGUCUGUAGAAUGGCUGAAGGGCGCCCGUCUGAUGAGACAAUAAUCAACGGCUUCGAAAACGAAAACUCGGCUAAGAGCUUGACGACUUUUACGCAGCGUUUGGCGUUUGACAUGUGUAUGGAAGGCAUUUGGUCUGGAGGUUGAGCCAUCAUCUUAAUUCAAUUUUCGGCAAAGGACCUGGGACUGCCGGCAAAUUUGACCUGCGAAUGGGCUGCAAUUUGGCAUCGAAUGCAGGCUCAUCUUACCUAGAGUAGAACGAUAGUGAAAAUAUUGAUCAUAUCCAUU